GGCCCAGCCCCCCCAACCCCAAUUGGCAGCAAUCACUUAGGGGAACGGAGAAUCAGUCACUAGUUUCCCACCCAGCACUGGAACCCUUAACCAGACAGCAGGGGGGGGGGGUUGGGGCCCGCCAAAAUGGUUCCAAUUGGGCCCGCCAAAAUGGUUCCAAUUGGGCCCUGCAGUUGGUAGGACCGGCCCUGUCUCUAAUUUUAUACAGGGCCAUAUUCAUGUUGCCUUCUGUAACUGCAACUUUCUUUGGAACUGUUCCACCUGCACUAUGUCCCUCUAAGGUGGCUUUCCUGUUUUACUAAAUCGACCUUCAAGAUGUUCUCUGGUGGUGUUGGUAUUUUGAGUCCAGUUACAUCUGUGUGCUUCCGAUUGUAUUCUUCAUAUAUUAAAAAUGCAAGGUACCUGUUUCACUUAAAGGAAAAUGAUGACAUUUGCCGGCAAGCUCUGAAAUUAGGAUCAUUUUAUCUCUUUCACAAUCUCUCUCCAUUCCUGCGAAACAUAGGCAGCAGCUAUUCUUUUCCAGCUGUCAGUUCUUCAGAGUUACACAAAAUUCUUAUUGAACAUGAGAGGAACGAGCAGAUGAUGGAGGAAUCUGUCCUUAUUGGCUGUUCGGAUUCUUGCUCUGCAGAAUUUGCCAUUGAUCUUGGAUCACUGGAAAGAUCAAGGUUGGAGACAGAAUUGGGUGGAAAAUUCACAGAUCUACGCAAAGCCUCUCUACAGCUUAGAGUAAAGGAUACUCCUCUGAUGUCACAGGCACAGGCCCUUCUUCGCUGGCAUGAGAGUCACCAGUACUGCAGUAAAACAGGGAAACCAACCCAAAAAAACCUAUCCGGGAGCAAGCGUGUCUGCCAAGGAAAUGGAUUGAUCUAUUACCCUCAGAUGUCCCCAGUGAUUAUCACUCUGGUAUCACACAGAAAGCGCUGCCUGCUUGCUCGACAGGACUCCUUCCCGGCAGGAAUGUACACUGCUCUCUCAGGUUUCUGUGAUAUAGGGGAAACACUGGAGGAGACAGUCCGGAGAGAAGUGGCAGAGGAAGUGGGGCUGGAAGUUGAGUCAAUCAGAUAUUCUGCAUCUCAGCACUGGCCUUUUCCUAACAGCUCACUAAUGUUGGCAUGCCACGCCACUGUGCUACAGGAAGAGCUCUGUAUUAACACAGCGGAAAUAGAAUCAGCAAAGUGGUUCAGUUUGGAAGAGGUGGAAGAAGCUCUAAAAUGGCAGAAGGUGCCUCCCAAACAGGAGGAUGGAACUGUACCUGUCUGGGUACCUCCAAAGCUUGCCAUUGCUAAUCAUCUCAUCCAGGAGUGGGUACAGGAGCAGAGAUCACACUUAAAGGACUGAUAGUGGUUUUUAUUAAGGACUUACAACUAGAUAUACGUGCUCACAGUCUGAAGACACUCACAUCCAUGGACUGAUUUUAGUGCAAGUGACUGGUGCCCUAGUGGCAUUCACAUUUGGUUUCAUAUGCAGGCAGACUGCUAUCACACAAGGACAGUAUGCACAAGAUCUAAGGUUAUGUGAGGGCCAGGCAAUGCUCAAGAUACGUUGUUGUACCUCUCUGAAGACUUGAUACCUCAUCACCUGUUGGCUUCUUACAGUAGCUUUUCAACUCCGAUGGUGCUCAAAACACAAGAAGUGCAAUAUAAUAUUUUAUUGUGCACACUCUAACAUAUACUAUCAAGCACUGGUGCUCACGCCCAAGAACAAAACUUUUGCAAGUCAAAGUUCACUACAGAACAUAAAAAAAACAAACAAAGGUGCACAGAUUCCUCUUGAUGGACCAGACAGAGCCCUAGACAUUUAAGUGCAAGGAAAAUCACACAAACUUUUGGGGAAAGCCCGUCUGUCCAAGGAACCAGCUUUAGGCCUUUCCAAUCAGAUGACUGGAUGAUAUUGCCUGCCAUCUAACUGAGUGUCAUUUAGCCGUUAUGCCUCCUGAGGCAGUGGAAGAUGCUUCCUCCCCCUCCUGUCUUCCUGUUCAGAUAUAGACAGUGAGGGUUCUGUUGUGUAUAAAGCACUGUUACCCUCACCUAGCUAAAAAAAAAAACUCAAACCAAAUGUUAAUAAAAAAAAAGAGUUUGUCUCUUCAAGUGUCUUAAGAGCCACCCCUACAGAUGGCUUUUUGCUGGCCCCUGGCCAGAUAAGGGUGUUACCGUAUUGCAGUGGUCCCCAACCAGUAGCUCGUGAGCAACAUGUUGCUCCCCAACCCCUUGGAUGUUGCUCUCAGUGGCCUCAAAGCAGGUGCUUAUUUUUGAAUUCUAGGCUUCAAGGAAACUUUUGGUUGCAUAAAAACCAGUUGUGUUGCCAAACAGAGCCUUCUGUAGGCUGCCAGUUCACAUAGAGGCUACCAAAUAGCCAAUCACAGCCCUUUGUUGGCAUUCUUGGGGAACUUUUUUCAGAUUAUGUUGCUCUCUGGCCCUUCUUACAUUUCAUUGUGGCUCAUGGGUGAAAAAGGUUGGGGACCCCUGCCGUAUUGCCUUGCCUUAUGGCAGAAGGGACCCUGAGCUUAGGGGAACUAUAGCGGAAAUAAAAAUGUGUCAGAUAUUCAUUGACAGUUAGAUCCAAUAUAUCUUAUAGGUGGCUUUCUUUACUAGCAGAGCUCGCUUAAACAAUUGAUUCCAGUACAAACAAAAUCUAACAAAAUAACUGCCUUUUGCACAAAUUCUGCAUGUAGAGAGUCAUGAUUUCUGGGGAUUUUAAUAGCGUGAGCU